ACCACUAUUAUCUUUGAAUAUCUCUAAAUUUAUUACACAUUACAACUGGAAAGAUGGAAUAUUUAAAGAACGUAAAUAACAGUCUUAUGGCUUAUAACCGCACAAUGAACGGUACUUUAAAAAAGGAAGUUAUCGAAAUUUGCAACUCUAACAUUGCAGACAUUACUUAUUGCAAUGACGUAAUUAUAAGUAGCCAUCGAGAUGGUAGUCUCAGAUUCUGGAGAAUUCAAUCACAGGGAAAAAAUACAAAUUAUUUUGCACAAUUAAAAAUAUGUAGCAAUGUACAUGAUGAAAACAUUUAUCGAUUAGAUGCAACAUCGCAACAUAUUUUAUUAAGUUGUCAAAGUGAUGACAUUGCAACUACAAAAGUUUCAGUGAAGUUACAGAAAAAUACAUAUGAAAAAGAUGGUUGUGUGGAAAGAAAUGAAUUAUUUUAUAGGAACAAAUCUUUUGUGACUUCAAUUUUAUUUGACCCUAUAGGAACAAAAUUUGCUGCUAAUAUCAAUCAAGAAUCACCGAUUCAUUCUUCAGUUCUAAUUUAUGAUAUUGAUAAAAGUUAUCAGGUAAUGGAGAAAAAAUAUGAUUCUUUUAUUAUGGGAGGCCAAGUACUAUGGGAGGAUCCUCACACUGUUCUCACGUUGAAUAAGGAUUAUAUUAGAAAGAUAAAUUAUAUUAAAAAGAUAGAUAUGAGAACAUCCGAAUUUGUACAUAUAUGCGAUACUUCAUCCAUUCCAGAGUGGGGUCAUGAUAAAUUAACAUGUUUCUCAUCAGAUUAUCUAUCUACUAUUAUGACGGGGACAGAAAAUGGUAAAGUUAUUUUAUGGGAUCAGAGAAAAAGUGCUCCCAUUCAACGAAAGUACUUUUCUGACGAGAUAUUCGACUGUUUCUAUACUUUUGGGGUACCCUGUAUAUAUGAGAGGUCUGUUUUGAGGUCUGUUUUUAUAGCUGAACUUACUGCACUAAUUCAGAAUUUAUCUUUCUCCUUCCAAUGUGAAGGGAAAAAGAUAAACUCUGAACCAGUGCAGCCUGUUCAGCUAUAA